AUGUUGUACUCGGUACGGGCCCGCGGUGCUCAAGCAACCCAGUACCAUCUGACCCCGAACAAACUGUCUCAACAUUCUCUUGAGUUCAGCCUUCCAACCCACAGUGUUCAGGGAGGUGGCGCGGUAACACCCGCUCCCCGAGGCGAGAAGCGGUGUCGAAGUGCAGCGGAUUCGUCGAGUUCGGCGACGGCGAUAUCCGAACGCAUGGCGAGCACUUCGAUGGUGGCUACUACCGAUUCGCACGCAGCAACGCGUCAACAUCUAUUGGAGAG